CUAUAUAUUUAUUUUCAAAUUCUAGUGUUUGAAAGAAAGAAGAAAAUUUUGGUGUGUUUGUUAGAGCAAGAUGUGGGCGAGUGCAGAAGGUGGUGCUCCAGAGGUUACUCUCGAAACUUCCAUGGGUUCCUUCACCAUCGAGCUUUACUACAAGCAUGCACCUAGAACUUGCAGGAAUUUCAUUGAACUCUCUCGCAGAGGUUACUACGACAAUGUUAAAUUCCACAGAAUCAUCAAGGACUUCAUAGUGCAAGGUGGGGAUCCUACUGGGACAGGAAGAGGAGGAGAAUCCAUAUAUGGGGCAAAAUUUGAAGAUGAGAUUAAACAAGAGUUGAAGCAUACUGGAGCUGGUAUUUUGUCAAUGGCUAAUGCUGGCCCUAAUACUAAUGGCAGUCAGUUCUUUAUCACUCUCGCGCCGUGUCCCUCUCUGGAUGGAAAACAUACAAUAUUUGGAAGAAUAAGUCGGGGAAUGGAAAUCAUCAAAAGACUUGGCAGUGUUCAGACAGAUAACAAUGACAGGCCCAUUCAUGAUGUGAAGAUACUGCGGACAUCAGUUAAGGAUUGAGAGGAGUUGCAUGAUAUGAUGCGAAGAAAUCAAAGUUUUAUUAUUAAUUCUUGAUAUAGUUAUUGCUGCAAAAAUAUCUCGGCUUCAUGAUUAAGCAUAAAAAUUGUAUUUUUUUUUUUGCAUUAGUUUGGCCACACAAUCAAGACUCAAAGACCGUGUUAUAUGACCUAUUAUUUUGGGACUGUACUUCCAAGUGAUAUAGAGAUAUGGGUCUUUUAGUUUC